UACUCAUCACUACCAACACUAGAGACCUGUUUGUUUACAUUACUACCUUUCUAUAGCCUCCAUCUUAUACACCUCAUUUGUGCUGAGGAAUGCCAUUCACCAGGAUGACCUGCCAUGGCUGUAUGAUCUUUAUGCGUGUGUGACACAGUUGUAAAAAGGAAACCGACAGGAUGUCAGGAAAGCGUGUCCCCAUCUCUGCUGCAUCAUAUCACCAUGAGCAGACGACAUCAUGUACAAUAGCAGAAGUUGGAAGCCUCCAGGAGCCGUCACCUUUCAAUGAGAUAACAGAGGUCGUGUUAAGCUACUCCCCUAAUCCAUCUCCUGGGCAAUCACCUGGACAUUCACCUGGACCCUCCCCAGACCACAGGUCAAGGUCAUCUACCCAAGGUGUGUACCUGACCAGUACCCCCAUCAUGUCCACUUCAUCCUCCGAUGGUGAACCCAUUCUGUCAUCUGCUUCAGCUAUUAUGUCACGUCACGAGAAAAAGAAAAAGAAAUGGUACAGACGACUUGGACAGCAGGUGAAGAAGUCAUUUGGUUCUAAAAGUGAUUUAAGUACAAGAAAGAUGAGCAGGUCAGAAGAAGAACUGAUCGUUGUAUCUGGUCAAUCCUUGACAAUGACGUCAGCAUUUAACUUUGGACAUGCCAAUUCGAUGGUGAACCUAACAGGCACAGUACCUGAUACAAAAGAGUAUCGGCGUACAACUCUACAUGAACUUCCUAUGGACAGGUGUGCUUCUGACCAGUACUUAUUGCGGGGAGGGGAUACAACCCUUGAGACAAGAAGUCUCCCCACCAUGAGUCCAAAACGCUACCAUCAACUCCAAGGCCAAAGUGAUUUGUCUCUGUCCACUCAGGAUUCUGACCAUUCAGAUUUUGAUAGCCGGUCAGACACCCUUGAUGAUGAUUCGGCCAUUUGUGUCACUAGCAGGAUUAAUUAUUUACCGGGGGACAGGUCAGACUUCCAGGAAUUAAACAUCAGACAGCGACAGCAGGCGUUGAUGCAGCAUUCGUUCUUUGUCCUAGAAGUAUGGCUACGAGAAGGUCGUGAUUUAGUAGUGAGAGACAGCUGUGGUACCAGUGACCCCUAUGUGAAGUUCAAGGUGGGAAGUAAGCAGUACUACAAAUCUAAGACUGUGUACAAGAACCUGAACCCCCAGUGGGACGAGCGCCUGACUAUCCCUAUAGAGGAUGUGUACCGACCAGUCAAUGUUAAAGUGUUCGAUUAUGACCGUGGAAUUAGUGAUGACCCCAUGGGGUCAGCAGAGAUUGACCUCACCACUCUGGAACUCAAUACGGCGACAGAUCUGAAGCUAAAUCUAGCAGAUGGUGGUAAGAAUGAAGACUACAUGGGCUAUCUCCUGUUACAGUGUACACUGGUGCCAAAGACAAUCCAAGAAAAGGAAACGACGACAUUCAAGACAAAAGGUGCCGUGAAAAGUGGCGACUCAAGCAAGAAACUGAAGAUGCAGAUCUGGUGUGGAGUUGUGACGAUUGUGUUGGUGGAGGGAAGAGACCUGGUGCCUAUGGAUAAUAAUGGCUAUAGUGAUCCAUAUGUCAAGUUCAGGUUAGGUGCUGAGAAGUACAAAAGUAAGUUUAAAACGAAAACACUGAAUCCCACGUGGUUGGAACAGUUUGACCUGCGCAUGUAUGAUGACCAAAGCCGUAGCCUAGAGAUCACCGUCUACGAUCACGAUGUCACCGGGCGUGAUGACUUCAUGGGCAGAGCGGUGAUCGACCUGUCUCAGGUAAAACACGAGGUCACCCAUACGUUUGACCAGGCCCUUGAAGAUGGGGCAGGCGUCAUCAAGAUACUGCUGACAGUUAGCGGGACAUGUGGCACGGAGACCAUCUCGGACCUUGCCAACUUCACAGUCAACCCCAAUGACCGCGAAGACAUCGUGGCCAAAUAUAAUGUGAAAAAUUCCUUCAAAACCUUGAAAGACAUUGGUUGGCUUCAAGUCAAAGUGUUCCGUGCUCAAAAUUUGGCAUCUGCUGACAUAGGAGGGAAGAGUGAUCCGUUCUGUGUGCUAGAACUAGUCAACGCCCGACUACAGACACAAACCGAGUACAAAACUCUCAACCCGGAGUGGAACAAGGUCUUCACAUUCAAUGUGAAGGACAUCCAUUCUGUGUUGGAGGUGACAGUGUAUGAUGAGGACAGGGACAAAAAAGUGGAGUUCUUGGGGAAGUUGGCCAUCCCUAUUCUCAAUAUAAAAAGAUGUGAGAGGCGAUGGUACGCACUCAAAGACAAGAAACUGAUGCGGCGAGGCAAGGGAGUCAUCCAACUCGAACUAGACUUUGUGUACAAUCAUCUGAAGGCAGCUAUCCGGACAGUGAAUCCUAAGGAGGAGAAAUAUAUGCAACCUGAUCCCAAAUUUAAAAUAUCUGUGAUGAAAAGGAACAUUGACCGUGUCUCCCAGUUAGCCAGCUCCUUUAUUGAGGGGGGCAAGUUUAUCCAGAGCUGUUUUGAUUGGGAGUCUCGAGCACGGAGUAUAUCUGCCUUUAUUGCCUACCUUGUGAUCGUUUGGUGCUUUGAGCUGUACAUGCUCCCCAUCACGCUGUUGAUCAUCUUCCUCAAAAACUUCAUUAUCGUAUCUGUGACAGGAGCCUUCGCCUCCAACUCCAACAUUGAGGAUGCCUAUGUUGACUCAGAUGAUGAAGAUGAUGACGAUGACAAAGAUAAGAAAAAGGAGGAGAAGAAGAGUUUUAAAGAGAAAUUACAUGCAAUACAAGAGGUCUGUCUACAAGUACAACAGGGCAUGGACAUGGCCGCAUCUUUAGGUGAACGGGUCAAAAAUGCAUUUAACUGGACAGUGCCCUGGCUCUCCAUGCUGGCUGUGAUAGCCUUGACGAUUGGUGUGAUAGUGCUGUAUUCCAUCCCUCUACGUUUCCUCAUACUGGCCUGGGGUAUCAACAAGUUUACCAAGAAGCUGAGAGCUCCCAAUGCCAUUCCAAACAAUGAACUACUAGAUUUCCUGUCUCGGGUACCCUCAGACAGUGAGUUGAUACAAUACAGGGAACUGCGUCCUGACGCCCAGUCAAUGUCGAAAAAGUCCAAACAAGCAUAGCAGGACCCAUGUAAGGACAUAUUGGAUAGUGGUCUGUGUUACCUAAACCAUGACUGCGUGUGAUACACAACAUCAGUGAUAUCAAUGUUGCUGAAGCAAACUGUGGCAGUUCAUGUCAUACACUGCUGAUCAAGGGUAUAUACCCAGCAGUACACUGUAUACAGGUGGCUGAAGGUCACGACAAUCAAUGUUGACCUUGAUAUCGUCAAAACCAUACAUUUUACGGUUGUGCUUGAAAGUACAAACUUUUGUAAAGACUACAAGUCACUUACCGGGAGAAGUUUGAAGGUGGAAAAUAUCUGUCUGAUAGUUAUAAACUAUCAAUAAUGACUACGAUGGCUAUCGUAUAAUUACCAUGGCUUAACAUAGACACUGGUUACCAUGCUGAUGGUAGCAGCAUUUAAAAAUAGACACUGAUUACCAUGGUAAUGGUACGGAUUCUUUUCUGUGUUGGUGAUAUUAUCACCAUUUCUAAGGCAGCUGUAUUUGUUUAACUCUUACUUUUAGUCCCUAUACCUACCCACAGGGUCAUACUCAUUAACUAGAUAACUGUCAACUCAAUAUACCUAUGGCAGUUCUACUGUAAUGGUUACCAUAGCAACAGAUGUGCUAUAUACUGAUGGUGUCUUAGAGAUUCACAGAGUCUCUCCUUGAGGAGAAGAGACUCAUUUGCUGGAUAAGUGUGACUCUCCUUGUGAAGAAAAUCCGCUGUGUUUUUCCUUGUGGAAAAGAGAUCCGCUGUGUUUUUCCUUGUGGAAAUGAGAUCUGCUGGGUUUUUCCUUGUGGAAAUGAGAUCCGCUGGGUUUUUCCUUGUGGAAAAGAGAUCCGCUGGGUUUUUCCUUGUGGAAAAGAGAUCCGCUGUGUUUUUCCUUGUGAAGAAAAUCCGCUGUGUUUUUCCUUGUGGAAAAGAGAUCCGCUGUGUUUUUCCUUGUGGAAAAGAGAUCCGCUGUGUUUUUCCUUCUACAGAAGAGAUCAAGUGUCUCCUUGUGGGAAAGAGAUUCACCGAGCAUCUCCUUGUGAAGAGGAGAGAAGAUGUUUAUAAAAUCUGUGUGAAAUUCUGUUGACACAAGAUUUUAGAUUGGUCUUGUUUUCCUUGGGGUAUCAUUUUCAAGUCAGGAAAUAACAUAUUGAAGUCUGUUUUGUACCAAUAUGAAUUUCAGAACAUCAAAUUGAAGAGAUAUUUGUUUGUGAAAAUGUGUUUGUAUGAUUGUUCCUGUGUAUAACAGAGUGUGAUGGAUAUUUGUAUAAUGUUAUAGAGUCCACACACUCAGCAAGAUAUUCACACUUUCGCACUGCUGAACUUUUCGGUGAAUACGAAGCGAUACACAUGUGUUGUAAGAGGAAGAAGAAUCAGAGAAGUUGACAUAGCUGUCUUGAGAGAAUGGAGGCUUUAUAUCAACUCGUAACCCCAGAUGUUUUGUAAUGAAGGAGGAAUCAUAGAUUUACAUUCCAUAUGCAAGAAGGAGAAAAGAAUCUCAUUUGUUGUUGAUGAUGCAUGCAAUGCUUUCUAAAUCAACAUUUUCAUUUUCCAUUAUAAUCAAACCAUGCAAGAUUUUGAUUGGUAGUCUAAUUAUAGCCUGUGUAAUAUUCCACAUUACAGAUUGAUUUAAUUAUUAAUUUCAUGUAAUUGUUUAUUAAAGAAAUCCAUACCUUAUACUUGGUUACAUUACUGGUAAUUUACUUCUUUUUUGUGAGUUUUUAUUGUGCUUCAAACAUCAUAUGCUCAUAGAUUUUAAUUUGUGUUUAGGUAAAUAAAUAUAGACUUGCAUCAGCAUAAUAUCAGUAAUUGAUCAAAUGAACACUGAAUAGACACACAAUUUUGUGACUUGCAGUUCCCGUUUUGAGAUAUGGGUUACGUCUGACACCUGACUUUGGGGAAAUUAUUGGCUGAAUGUUGAUCAGGAUAUCACUUUCUUAAGACUUAAUUCUGAAUAUUUUUAGAGGAAAUCAUACUUCAAAACUCUUUCCUUCAUCUGUUCAUUUUAAAUCAGAUUCCGAUACACUACCUUUCAUUCAUGUUAUAAAAAGAAACUCCAGAAAGUCAAAGAUAAAUAUUGUAUAUUUUUUAAGGAUGUAGCUGAUGAUUACUAAAUGAGGCUGAUGGAAGUUGGACCUGAAUCUCCAAUUUUCUGUUCUAGUAUUAAUAAAUAAUAGCAAAAUUAAUGUAAUUACACAUGGUUUUAUAACGUAAUUCGACCUGAAUCUCAAAUUUUCUGUUUUAGGUUAAUAGUAUUAAUAAAUAGUAGCAAAAUUAAUGUAAUUACAUGUGGUUUAGCUUAGCAAAAUUAAUGUAAUUACAUGUGGUUUUAUAAUGUACGUGUGAAGUACGAGUGUUACAUCAUUUUCCUUGAUUAUUGCUGAUUAGUUUAAUGUUUGUUUUCAAAGUAUGAGAAUGGUAGUCCUGAUAACACUACAGCAGAAUCGGGCAGACGUUCUAACGGAUCCUUGAUAUACAAAAUGUAUACCUACUUGACAAUUUACUUUUAAAACAGAAAAAAAGUUUUCUCCACUGUGGAAUUUUUCCAGUAUAAAAGCAAAGUCCCAGUUAACAUGGGUUGACAGUAGUGAAGUGUUUUAACAUAGAAAACAGUGAGCAGGCUGUAAGUGUAUGAGUUAAACUUAGUGCUACCCUGUGAUAUGUCUGUUUUUUCCGUCCUGAUCUUUAUUGUCCUCUAGUCCUACUCCUCAUUGUCAGCCACUUAUCAUUUUCACCAGAUAAUAUGACUGGAUGAUGAGGUUUUGUUUAGGAAUGUUGCAAAUUAGCAUUUAAUUUGUCAGUAUAACUUGAUAUACAAUGUAUAAUUAUGUAUUCGAUUAUGAUUGAUUUUCAUCAGAACAUAUCUGGGUUACAUUUAUCUUACUUUAUUGUUUUUUAUGUGUAGGAGUUACUAACUGUAAAACUGUUAUUUUUUGUUCUGAUUUCAAAUCUAUUUUAUAUUAACAUCAUAAGGUACAAAUAAAAUUGAAAUAAUUUUGUAAUUAUGAAAAUUAAUUUCAAUCCUUAUACUUACAUAUCUAUUAGACCAAUGAAAUAUUGGGUGUUGUUCAAUGAAUUAAAGUGCUACUGCAGUAAUGAUUGAUGUCAUAAUCAAGUGAAUCUGUAAAUUUCAUUUCUUUUCCACUUAUACGAUAGAAUGAUACAUUAUAUGAUAGAAUGAUACAAUGUUUUUACACAUGCUGGUUUAAGUUAUUGAAGUAGUCUGCGCUUUACCUCUGAAAUAUUACUGACAUUCAAUACCCAUAUCCUAUAUUUAUACCUGUCCAGAAGAAAAAACAUUAACCCUUAUUUUGAUUGGGGGCUUGAAGUUACUUAAGAGUUUAGGGCCGCAGGGCUUCAGAAAAUAAUCUAAACACAGAUUUUUCAAAACUGUUAUGAAAUUUGUAGGUAAAAAAACAGAAUUAGAAUUAAGCAGGGAAUUAAAAAAAAAUAUCUUAUUUUCAGCUAUUGAUGCAUUUCUUUUUGUUUCUUGAUUUUAUUUGAUUUUUUUUUAUUGUUAAUAUAGUGUUAGCCAUUACACUUUACUGGCUGAUGAGGUUUUUUAACACCAGGUAUUGCUUCAAUUACUAUUCCUUAAUUCAAUUAUGUGCACUGGAAAGCAUUGCUGCAUGUUUUCAUCAAUGCUUCUCCUAAACUCCAGCUUUGCUUUGCAAUGGAAAAGUUAAUUUACUGAAUCUCGUUUAGUCACAGAUAAUUUGUGAAACCAUGGCCUGUGCACAGAGCAACUAUUGAAAAGACAAGAACCUCAUAUUUUUACCAAUGUACAUGGUACACUGUACUUGAUUAUAUAUAUCAUUUCCUUGUAUAUUAUAUACCUACUGUCUCUUGUUUAAUGUAUUAGCCCAAUUUGUAUAAAUGUAUCCCGAGUUACUUUCAAUGUACAUGAUUUGUGUUUACAAUUGUCAAACUCAGCUUUAUCAAGUUCAGAUACCUAAUGAGAUUUUUUGUGUAAUUCAGAUGAAAUUGCAGAAACAGGAUUCCCUUCUAUUUAAAAUGUAUAUACCUGCAAUAUUACUAUGUUUAGAUCUAUAAAUACCAUUUCAUGGUCUGAUGUUGAAAAAUAGAUUUUAGUCACUGUGAGGUCAGGUAAAAUGUUGGAUCAAAAUUUGUAUCUUUGUGUAUCCAUACCUGUUUAUUUGAUAUACAAAAUGUAUACCCUUUCAAUUUUAUUUACAUGCAUUGUUUUCAGUCAUUUUAACUAUUUCUAAUUAAGUCUCAUUCAUCAUAAAAUUGUUUGGUUAUUGAUUUCAUGUACAGAAAAACAUCAUGAAUACUAUUAUAAAGAAUGUACAUCUCUUAGAAUUUAUUUUCAAAGUCCAUGAUUGUCUGUAGUUAUCUUAGUUAACAAUAUGUUAUAAUAUAUGUCUGUAGUUAUCUAAGUUAACAAUAUGUUAUAAUAUAUGUCGGUAGUUAUCUAAGUUAACAAUAUGUUAUAAUAUAUGUCGGUAGUUAUCUAAGUUAACAAUAUGUUAUAAUAUAUGUCUGCAGUUAUCUAAGUUAACAAUAUGUUAUAAUAUAUGUCGGUAGUUAUCUUAGUUAACAAUAUGUUAUAAUAUAUGU